GCGGGGGGGCGCCGCGCCGCGCCGCUGAAGCAGCCCCGCACCGGGCAGCCCCGGGGCAGCGCCGGGCAGCGCCAGCAUGGCCGAGGAGAGCUCCGACGUCCCUAGAGAGUUGAUCGAAAGCAUCAGGGAUGUUAUUGGGAGGAAAAUCAAAAUUUCAGUCAAGAAGAAAGUAAAGCUGGAAACCAAGGGAGAUAAAGUGGAUAACAAAAUACUGGUGUUGGCAUCAUGUCGGGCAUUUCUUUUAACAUCUCGGAUUCCCACUAAGUUAGAAAUGACUUUCAGCUACUUGGAAAUCCAAGGAGUAACUUCCAGUAAACCGGGUCAGUUGAUUAUGGAAACUGAAAAAUGCAGCAUCUCCAUGAAGAUGGCAUCCUCGGACGAUGUGAGUGAGGUGCUGGCACACAUUGGGACCUGCCUCAGGAAGAUAUUCCCUGGACUCUCACCAGUGCGGAUUCUGAAAAAAGUAACUAUGGAGCCUUCAGAAAGACUGGCUAAUCUCCAGGCCCUGUGGGACAGUCAGACAGUGGCAGAACUUGGACCUUGUGGAGGCUUUUCGCAGAUGUAUGCCUGUGUUUGUGAUUGGCUUGGAUUUCCCUACAGAGAAGAAGUACAGUGGGAUGUUGAUACAAUUUAUCUGACACAAGAUACCAGAGAGUUGAAUUUGCAAGACUUCAGCCACCUUGACCACAGAGACUUAAUACCUAUAGUUGCUGCUCUGGAGUAUAAUCAGUGGUUUACAAAGCUAUCUUCCAAGGAUCUGAAAUUAUCCGCUGAUGUCUGUGAGCAGAUACUACGAGUGGUGAGUAGGUCCAAUCGACUGGAAGAACUGGUAUUAGAGAAUGCCGGGCUUAGAACAGAUUUUGCACAAAAGCUAGCCAGUGCCCUAGCCCAUAAUCCCAACUCAGGACUCCAUACGAUCAACCUUGCUAGCAAUCCACUUGAAGAUAGAGGUGUGUCAUCUUUGAGCAUCCAGUUCGCCAAGCUCCCAAAGGGACUGAAACAUUUAAAUUUAUCUAAAACCUCCUUGUCACCUAAAGGGGUGAACAGCCUUUCCCAGUCACUGAGUGCCAACUCGCUGAUCGCAAACACGCUUGUCGAUCUCGACCUCUCAGGGAACGCGCUCCGUGGGGAUGAUCUCUCAAGUCUGUACAAUUUUUUGGCCCAGCCAAAUGCUCUUGUUCAUCUGGAUUUAUCCAAUACGGAAUGUGCACUAGAUAUGGUGAGUGGAGCCCUCCUUCGUGGUUGUCUUCAACAUCUAGCUGUCCUUAACCUCUCUAGGACUCUCUUUUCUCACAGAAAAGGAAAAGAAGUCCCUCCCUCCUUCAAACAGUUUUUCAGCAGCUCAUUGGCGUUGAAGCAGAUUAAUCUUUCAGGAACUAAACUCCCUCCUGAGCCUCUAAAAGCGCUUUUAUUAGGCCUGGCUUGCAAUCACAAUCUGAAGGAGGUGUCUUUAGAUCUCAGUAGCUGUGAGCUUGGUCACUGUUUAAGAUCGGGAGGUGCGCAAGUCUUGGAAGGAUGCAUUACAGAAAUACACAAUAUCACCAGCCUAGAUAUUUCAGACAAUGGCCUAGAAUCUGACCUCUCAACCCUUGUAGUCUGGCUUAGUAAAAACCGAUCGAUAAGGCACUUGGCAUUAGGCAAAAACUUUAACAACAUGAAAUCCAAAAAUCUCACUCCAGUACUUGAUAAUUUAGUUCAGAUGAUUCAAGACGAGGAUUCACCUCUGCAGUCAUUGUCCCUCGCAGAUUCCAAGCUGAAGACUGAGGUCACCAUCAUUAUUAAUGCCUUGGGCAGUAAUACUUCUCUUACAAAAGUGGAUAUUAGUGGAAAUGCAAUGGGAGAUAUGGGAGCAAAGAUGCUGGCAAAAGCCCUACAGAUAAACACCAAGCUCAGAACUGUAAUAUGGGACAAGAAUAACAUCACUGCACAGGGCUUCCAGGACAUAGCUGUGGCACUGGAAAAGAAUUAUACUUUGAGAUUCAUGCCUAUACCGAUGAAUGAUGCUUCCCAAGCCCUCAAAACAAACCCUGAGAAAACAGAAGAGGCGCUGCAAAAGAUAGAAAACUACUUGCUUCGUAAUCACGAGACCAGGAAAUACCUACAGGAGCAAGCGUACCGGCUGCAGCAAGGCAUUGUCACUAGUACCACUCAGCAGAUGAUUGACAGAAUAUGUGUAAAAGUGCAAGAUCAUCUCAACUCUUUAAGAAACUGUGGUGUGGAGGCUGUACAGGAGGAUGUCAAAUCUGCAGAACGGCUUAUGCAGGAUGCCAAGAACUCCAAAACACUUUUACCAAAUCUGUAUCACCUCGGUGGAGUUUCUUGGGCAGGAGCAAAUGGCUCACUCUCCAAUCCAAUCCAAGAGACACUUGAGUCCAUGGCUGGAGAAGUCACAAGGGUUGUGGAUAAGCAACUCAAGACACUGCUGGAAUCUAUGGUGGACGCAGCAGAAAACCUUUGCCCAAAUGUAAUGAAGAAAGCUCGCAUCCGUGAAGAUCUGAUUGAGGCUAGCACUGAGAAAAUUUCCAUCCCACGCACUUUUGUGAAAAAUGUCCUCUUGGAGCAAUCUGGAAUUGAUAUCCUCAAUAAAAUUAGUGAAGUGGAGCUGACAGUGGCUUCUUUCUUGUCUGAUCGAGUUGUAGAUGAAAUCCUGGAUGCACUUUCCCACUGCCAUCACAAACUUGCUGACCACUUGACCAGACGUGGCAAGCCACUUCCACAGCAGGAAUCACUGGAAAUUGAGUUAGCUGAAGAAAAACCAACUAAACGUUCCAUCAUCACAGUUGAGGAGCUGACAGAGAUAGAACGUUUGGAGGAUCUGGACACUUGUAUGACUCUCUGCUGUACAAGUAUGACUCCUAAGUCAAAAAGGAAAAGCAUCCACAGUAGAAUGCUCCGACCAGUGUCCAGAGCUUUUGAGAUGGAAUUUGAUCUAGAUAAAGCACUGGAAGAAGUACCUAUCCAUAUAGAAGACCCACCAUUUCCUUCCAGCAGGCCAGACAAACGAACUUCUGGAUUCAUUUCAGAGCUGCCAUCAGAAGAAGGGAGAAAACUGGAACACUUUACAAAAUUAAGGCCCAAAAGGAAUAAAAAGCAGCAGCCCAGCCAAGCAGCAGUGUCUGCUGGAGUUCAUCCAGAAGGGGAUCAGAAUGGCCUCAUGGGGAGAGUGGAUGAAGGCGUGGAUGAAUUUUUCACUAAGAAAGUGACAAAAAUGGAUUCAAAGAAACCAUCAGCUAAAAGUUCAGACAGCAGUGAACCCAGUGAAGGAGGUGAUGAGAAGAAGAAAAGAGACUCAAGGAAGAGUGGCUUCCUUAACUUAAUCAAAUCAAGAGGCUCCAAAUCUGAACGUCCCCAGACUGUGUUGGUGGCAGAGGAGCCCUCCUCACCCAAGGUUGCUGGAAAAAGUCCAGCUGUGGACAACAGCAAGAAGGAGGUGAAGCCUGCAGAGCAGAAUGGUGGUACAGAGAGAUCCGAGGAAUUAAAGACACCUGACUUGCAGGAGGAGGUGCAGCCAGAUGAUGCAGCUGCAAAAACUGAGAGGGUUGACAGCAAAGGAAGCCCGCAAGGAGGACGGAGGUACGGCGUGCAGGUGAUGGGCAGUGGACUUCUCGCAGAGAUGAAAGCCAAGCAGGAGAAGAGAGCAGCCUCUGCUCAGAAGAAACUUGGUAAUGAUGCGACUCCCAGAGAGUCCUUUGACACAACAAUGAGCUCAGAACGACUCGAUGGAAGUGGUACAGUGCCUAAACUCCAGCAGACCCUUCCAGAGAGUCGGUUUGCCUCAAAUAAAGGUGACUCCAUCUCAGCAUCGUCAGAAAAAAAUUCAAAAGCUGAACCAAAGGCAGAAGCUGGUGCAAAGGCAAGAAGUUCUUCCAAUACACCGACCAGCCCCAAACCCCCACUGCAAUCAACCAAGCCCAGCCUGGCGGGACGACCGACAGUGCCACAGAAACCGCGCUCGGCCUCUCGUACGGAGGAUGCUCCGGAGUCUCCCUCUGGCCCCAGUUCCCCAAAAGUUGCCCUGCUUCCACCUGUGCUGAAGAAAGUUCCUUCUGAUAAAGAAAAGGAUGGUCAGAGCAGCCCUACAGUCAGAUCGUUUUCUCAAGAAGAGCAAACAGGAGAUGGUCAUAAAAGAGAUACAGCUCAUGACUGUGCCAAGCCAGCUGGCAGUGUGAAAACCACUUUGGGGCAGUGUUCUACCAGUGCAGAAGAGGAAGCUAAUGUGCUUGGGCAGAGGAAGGCACAGCCCACUUCUGCUACAAAAAGAAGUCCUGGGCAGCAUGAGUUCCAGGAACUGAAGCAGAGGUCCUUAAGUAAAGAAGGCCAUCAGGGAAGCAAGUCCAGUGACUCUGGCGAAGAAGCAGAUAAAGAUUUUAUUUUUGUUUAGCCAUCACUGCAAGUGCUUCGUAGCGCGAGAGCUUUUAUAACAAUCAGGGUGCAGCAACCAACAGCCCUUCUUAGCCAGCUGCUCUUUCACCACAGGUACAUUUCCACGCAGAAAACCUGAUCUUCCAGUCAUGAUUUACAGUAUGGCAGAAUCACAGAAUUGUCAGAGUUGGAAGGGAUUGCUAGAGAUCAUCUAGGCCCAGCUCCCCCUGCUGAGUGAGUCCCCUCACUUGGCAUUGAUGCGGUCCUUAAUUUCAGUCCUGUACGGCGCAGACAUUCCUUCCCAUGCCUUUGCUAAAGCCAGCAAUUCUUUCACGUACUCUACUUGAACUUCUCUGAAGCAGCUACAAAGUGUGCCCUGCAUUAGGGCAUUUAGAAAGCAAAGCAAAUUAACUGGACACUGUCUUACACUAAUACACUGUACAGCAGGUAAGGUGUUGUACUGCUGAAUGUAAAUGUGUCAAACCUGCACGUGACUUACCUAUAAAUAUAUUCUUGCGGUAUGCAAUUGCACAUUGUAAUUAUAUUAAAAGAGCACACUAAUAAAAGAAUUUGUAUAGAUUAUAUAUAUUAAAUGCUUGGGUAUGGUUUUUACAUUCUCCCAUCGGGAGCUUCUCUCUUCCUGUUCUCGUACUGUACAUAAAGCUCCAACUCUUACAUUUGUGUACUGUCGAAAAGCACAACAGAGAAGGAUGGUAAUCAUGGUAUGCUUCCACGUUCAUGUAUUAAUGUAUAUAGUUGAUUGGAAUGAGGGCAAUUGAAAUUUUAUUAAUAUUGGUGUUUUCUAGAGGCCUUCCUCAGUUCUGUCUGAAUAUUAGCUUCCUUUCAAGGUGUAAUUCUAUGAGAAAAAGAGUUUGACAUCUGUAAAAACAUUUCAGCUUUUGGGGGAGGGGGUACAAAUUUCACAGUUACUCACUUACAUGACAGGUUGAAGGGAUUUUAUUCAUAUGUAUAUUUGUAACAAUAAAAAAAAAGAUUUUACAACUCAAA